AUGUUUUUGGGGGUGUUAUAUUAUCUCCUUCCUCUAUUGCAGGUUUUGUCUGAUUAUGAAACACAAGGAAGCUUGAUCAUCAAUUCAUCACAGGCUUAUUACCACUUCUGCGAGUUCCAAGUUCUCCCUAAAGCAGUGUACCCAUUCAAUAACAUUACCGUCGCCAACGAUGUCUCGCCUUACAAGGGCGUUGGCUUUGCAGCAGGAACAGAAUUCUCACCGGGAAUUCACGGCGAGGAACAAGGCUCCAUUGAAGUCCAAGGCCGCGCAGACUCUUACAUCGAAUUACGGAAAGACGCUGGGAACCUGAAUAUUAAGAGAUCUAUUACCAUCUUGUUGUAUGUGUAUCCCCUCGGUAGGGCAGGUCCUAUUGUUAACUACAAAAAAGAUGGACAUGGAGUUCAGAUUUACGAGGAUAGAUUUUCAGACAGGGCAUUGGCAACGCGUGUCAAUCGUCGCAAUCUUCGGCGAACAGCAGUUAUUAAGAAGACUGGAAUACUGACCCGAAAUGAAUGGCAUUAUGUUGGAAUGACCUAUGAUUACAGUAGCGGGUUGGUUAGCCUGUGGCACAACGACCAGGAAGUCUCAUCAGGAAACAUAGGAAGAACAGAGAUCGCUACACAGUUUGAUGUACGCAUCGGAGCUCGCCAGACAUCAACGGACGACUUUUUUAAAGGCAGGGUGGCAUGUCUGCAAUUUUACUCAACAGUGUUGACGCAGAGACAAAUCGAAAAGGCACGUAUAGCGUGCAAACCCUUUGAACCCGUCAGCAGGAUUAAUAUGGUUAUACACCACAAAAGCAGGUACAUUGAAGUCAACGAAAACAUUUCAGUGGCAGUGCACAACGACAAGAACUCAAAGUUUAGCGAGUACGUAUACGAUCUAGGUGACGGAAGCCCGACGGUCACCUCCGAUCGAGAAGCAAUUCACCACCGUUAUUCAACGUAUGGAGAUUUUUCCGUGAAGGCCAUCAUAUUUAGCCGUUGCCGUAAUGAAACUUUAGUCGUCAGAGCAACUGUGACUGUUGAAAGACCUUUGGAGCUCCUGGGAAACCUGACCCUGUCUUAUGACCCUGUAUCAUUCCCCUCCGUGUUUAUUGCAGUUCUGAGUUUAAAUCGAGGCACUGAUUUCAAAUGUAAUUGGAACUUCAGUGAUGGUCACCUGGCUGAGACAGACUUUGCGCAUCAUGGGUUGAUGCACAAGAUGAAUUACCAGUUUAACUCAGCAGGAACGUAUACACUUAACGUCAGUUGUGUCAACAGGCUUAGCACAGCAAAUGUUUCCUCGCUAGUAUUUGUGCAAGUUCCCAUCACAGGUCUCGUUAUUGACAAAAUUACUCCUAAAACCUACCUCAGCGAGUUCCUUGUCACGUGGCGAGUACAAACUGGCAGCGAUAUCCACUACACAGCUAGAUUUGAAAAUAAGGAGCUUAAGAUAUUCAAAGGUCAGAAUGAUUCACGCGGAUGGGCUUGGAUACGACGUCAAGAUCACGUGAGUGUAGGUCUCUUUGACGUCACUGUAACAGCGACCAACAAAGUAAGCGCAGUUUUACAGGCUUCAGAAACGAUUCGCAUUGAAACAGAAGUACAACCCUUUGUGCCAGUUAUAUACCAUUCAGAUCGAGACAUCGAAGUUAACGAGACUGUUGUCCUAUCUAUGACAAAAACUAACGAGGAAAAUGCGGCCAAUCCUUACUAUCUUAUCGACUUAGGAGAUGGAAGAAAUCCAUUGAACACAAGAGGGAUAAUGACAAACAUCAGCUAUCCAGUCUACGGGGACUUCUUGGUGACAAUUAAUGCCUCUAACAACGUAUCUUUCUUCAUUGCGAAUAUUUUGAUCAAGAUUCACAAACCAGUGCUGUUGGUAGAAGAUUUGUCCUUGACCACUGAACCGACAAUCUUCUUACAAACUACAGUGAUAAGUGCGCACAUUCCAAGAGCCUCCGAUGUUAUCUGUAGCGCUUCAUUCCAUGAAAUUCCUAAUUACAGCAAGGAGUUCGACCUCCGCGCGCAGUCCGCCUGGGAUCCUGUCAAGGAUCCAAUGAACAUGAACGUGCCUGAUGUCCAGUUUUUUAUAAAGCGCAAUUAUACAAAAGUAGGAGUUUAUAAAGUGACUGUCACUUGUAGAAACCGUCUUAGUGAAAAGACUGCAACAAUUGCUGUUACUGUCCAGAGACCAAUCAUUGGUGCUCGACUCAUUCCCAUUAAACCUAUUAUAUUUGGAAAACCGAUCAAUAUUAGCUUCGGUUUUACCUCGGGGACCAACGCCUCUUUCGCAAUAGACUUCAACGAGCAUAGAUUCCGUCGGAACAUGACAGGUCUCUCAGCAUUUCAUAUCUUAGAUGAAGAUGUUUACAAAUUCCCAGGGAUACACGAGUACACUGUGGCCGUGUGGAACCUGGUGACGUCUCCGAUUUGGAUUCAAGGGCACGUCAUUGUCGAGAUUCCCAUACAUAGUCUGACAGUGUACAUCAUGGGAAAUCCACGUGAUAUAGAAGUGAACGAGAGCGUGUCCAUAGUUGCGAGUCUCAAAAAUGGUAGUAAUCCAGAAUUUGCGUUUGACUUCAAUGAUGGAGGUGAGCUGAUGGUCACUCGAAGACAUCUUGUUGAUUACAAGUUUAAUCCUCAUUCUCAUUAUGUGGUUAAUGUCACUGCGCGAAACAAUGUAAGCGAAGAAUUUGCGCUGCUAAAGGUAAAGGUUGUCAAGCCGGUACUCGUUCUCCGAGGUCUCUCACUCCGUACCGCGCCAACUGCUGUGAAUGACUCAACUAAAAUCGUCCUUUAUUUGCGGGAGGGCUCAGAUUUUUUCUGUACAUGGCAGUUUGGAGAUGGAUCAAGUCUGAAUUCUAGUUACCACCAUCUUAGCUUUUAUGCCGAUGGGAAGACAGCGGAAAGAGAAGCCUUUCAAAACCUUAAAUUUUACGUUGAACAUAGAUUCUCAUCUGCAGGUAUCUUUGUUGUCACAACCCGUUGUCAAAAUCGCUUGAGUUCCGAAGUCGCUUCGGCGGAGGUCGUGAUUCAAACCCUCGUCGAGGGCUUGAAUAUUCCAGUAAUUCCCGCCCAAAGUAUUGGUCGAGAAUUUCGAGUUUUCUGGAGCAUAUCAUCAGGAACAAAUGCUACGUUUCAAAUCAGUUUUAAGGGAGGAGAGAUCACUUCUAUUCACACUUCAGAAUUAGAAGGUCACGCUCGUGUGGUGGUCAAUAUUCCUGGUGAAUAUUUCAUUCAGGUAACAGCCCAUAACUUAGUAAGCCCAAUACAAAACAGAUCAGCGGUCAUCUUAGCAGAACUUGCUGUCACAAAUAUCACCGUCAACGUUACAUUUGCAUCACGUGAGUUAGAAAUUGAACAAAACGCGACCUUCACCGUUCAGUUAGGUGCUGGAACAAGCCCAAUGUUUUUGUUCGACUUUGGAGACGGCAAUAAAGUGAAGAAUACUUUGGGAAAGAUCUCACACGCCUACGCCUACAAAGAUAUUUAUCUGACACAACCGAACUUCACCUACCAAGUUUAUGUGUCAGCCUAUAAUAACGUGUCCUCAGUCUCUACCAUAAUAAAUGUCACCGUGCAUAGACCAGUUCUUCAACUACAUAACAUGAAGCUGUCGACGUUGCCUUCAAACGUGUCUGAAAACGCGAGAAUCGUGCUUUCAAUCGAUCAAGGCUCGGAUUAUUUCUGUGAUUGUGAUUUCGGAGAUGGAAGAGCGCUACACCGGCUAAACAUCCCAAACAAAGUGUAUCUGGGCUCAGUCCGAACACCAGUUAAGAACUUUAACAAUCACAGUUAUCGAAUAAGUCAUGUCUACCAAAAAUCUGGAAAAUACCAUUUGCUUGUGGAAUGUAAAAACCGGCUUAGUUAUGGAAGGGAUACCCAGGAAAUUACUAUACAAGAGCCGAUAAAAGAUCUAAAAAUUUCUAACUUGCACCCUCGACAGUUUAACGAAACUUUUGUUAUUUCAUGGCAAACAACCAAUGGCACCGAUGUAAACUUUCGGAUUCUUUUUGGCAAUGUAAUUUCUAAGGAGUUGGGUGGGAAUCGAAACGUCACCAUUAAACCUGCAGAAUAUAAAGCUGCGGGUGUAUUUCAAGUAGUGGUUGAAGCAUGGAACUUCGUCUCCAGGGCUGUUGCUAAAACAGCGCUGAUAAUCCAACAUCCGGUACAUAUUGAAGAUGCAUAUGCUAGGUUACCCCAACAAGGCGGUUCACAUGGUGGGCAAGGUUUUCAUAGCAACAACUUUCCAGCUUGCCGCAACGUCACAUUCCAAGUUUUCGCGCUAGGAACUGACUUAUCGUAUCAAUGGCAGAUCGAUAAUGAAAAAGGGAAAUUCGGACCAAAGAUGCGCAUUCAGCACAGUUUUCGCCGUGUAGGAAUUCACACUGUGAUGGUUCUGGUAAGGAACUUGGUGAGUGAGGCGCAUGCGAACAUCAGUGUAAUGAUUCACUACGCCAUAGAGGAUCCUAUCUUGCAAAUCAACAGCCCUCAGAAAAUUAAUCAACCAAUUUUAUUUUACAUAAGCGCUAAGCAGCUCGGCACAAAUUCUUGCUUCUUUGUCGAUUUCGGAGACGGGACACGUUCCUUGUUUGGACAUCCCGGAUGCAAAGCAAGAAACUCAACGUCCAGCUUUAUUGUCAAAUCAGCCGUUGAAAGCGUUAAGUUUGAUCAUGUCUACAAUCAGGUGGGACAAUAUGUUGUUGCCUUAAACGCUUCAAACGAGGUAUCCUUUGUUCGUGUUUUUAAAGAUGUCGAAGUUGUCUUUGCAUCUUGUGCAAGUCCUUAUGUCAAGAUUGAAAAUCUUGGUGAAACUUCAAAUACCGCCCCAACAUCACUCAGAUCGGAUCCCUUCGUUGUCCGUACUCUGAUUCACCUUGACUGCGAGAGAUCCAACAAAGUAAAAUUUAGCUGGAGGCUACUGUUGCUUGACGAAAACGGAGUUCAAAGCAAACACAAAGGAAAUAUUAUUCUGAAUGAAAGAGAACUAAACAUUCCCAGGAAAACGUUGCAAUACGGAGUGUAUGAAGUUCAGUUCACAGCGCAAAUGGCGAUACCUGAAACAGACAAAUUUCGCGGCACAACUAUUGGUUACUUAAAAAUUGUUCCAUCGCCCCUCAUAGCAAAGAUUGACGGCGGUAAUUUGAUUAGUCGAGGAUUUGGGAAAAAGGUAAAGAUCGAUGCAUCACCAUCGAAAGACCCGGAUGUUGAAAAUGUACAAGACUCAGGCUUGAGUUACACGUGGCUAUGCAGGAGCAUUUACACGCAGUUCCCACAAAAUCUUUAUUCAAAUUUAAAUCUGCGCACCCCAUACGACACCACCGGUCAAACGUCAACACCUGGGAAAAUGUACUCAAAGGGUUGCUAUGGAGAUGGAGAGUUUGUUUUGGCUGGCAGGGAUAGUUGGCUGACUCUGGACACGUCGCAGAUGAUGGAAGAUGAAACAUACGUGGUGUUUGUGGUCAUAAGGAAAGGAGGAAGGACAGCCCAUCAGUACCAAGUGGUGGAAGUCAUCCAAGGAGAUCCUCCUGUGUCAAAAUUAGAGUGUAAGCAGAACUGUGGAGAGAAAAUCUGUCCGUCCAAACGAUUUUCCCUGGUUGGCACCUGUUUUGAGGGUUGUAUUGGACGCCUGAUCUACGAAUGGCGAGUCUACAAAAACGUUGGCAACGACUCCAUCAAGUCCUGGGAACUGCAACAAGAUAUCGCGCAAAGCUUGGCCGAGGUGAAGGAUACCACAGGUCCCAUUUUCACGCUGCCUAAAGACAUGCUCCAUGGGGGCAGCGAGUACCUCAUUCGCCUUUACGGCCGCCGUGCGAGGGGAGUCAACGGCAAGACAGAGAGUGUGUACGUAACGAAUGAAGUUCCUCAGGGAGGGGCCUGUUUUGGUUGGCCUCCGAGCGGUGAUGCACUGGUAACGAAUUUCCAUAUUUGGUGCGAAGGCUGGAAAGAUCCCGACAUGCCCCUGAGCUAUCAAUUUUAUUACAAAAAUGACGAAGGAAAACUAGUUCUGUUUUACUUUGGUCAUAAUAAUUUUACAUAUUCUGAACUACCUCUUGGAAAUCCCACGCAGAAUUACACGCUGGAAAUAAUCGCCAAAGUGUUAGACUUCUACAAAGGAGAGGCCAAAUAUUCUCUUUUUUUGCAGUCUGUAGAACCCAAGAUAGAAGGAGACCAACUUGAUAAUAUGCUUGCUAACAUGACAUCAGGUGAAAACAGUCAGUUAAGCAACCUGGUGAACGUAGGUGAUAGCCAAGCCGCUCUAAGGAUGGUUGGAGCCAUCAAUUCACUUCUGAACGCGCAGAGCACAAAAACACCAUCCGGUAAUGACAGCGAAAGAGAGGGUGCCAGGAAAGAAAAGAGAAAAGAGGUUCGGACAUCAGUAAUCAAAGCGGCGGCGUCCCUUCCUGUGACGUCAUUAGAGGGCCUGCAACAGUCCGCUGACACGAUAGCUAGUGCCUCCAUGUUCACCGAUGAAACAUCAACAACAGCUAUGAAUGCUUCAACAGAAGCUUUUGAGAGAAUGUCGGCCCUGUUAAAGAGUAGUUCCGAUGACUUUGCUGGUUACGACGCAGUAGUUAGCAGCGCCGAGUCCCUCUUGUCUGGAAUGGGACAAGUUCUUAAUGCCGCUGGGAGCUCCGUAGCUAUUAAGCCCAAAAAGAUGAAUGCUACGAAAGCCCCUCCAACGUGUGGGCCUUACGAUUUUGACUGUAGAGAAGUAGAUGAUGAAUUCUCUGGAAAUUCUACGGAUGAAGAAGAUGUAGAACUUGACGAAGAAUCUGCCAAGAGCCGAGAUGCAGCUAACGCUAUCGUGGGAAUGCUUGGAACAGUUAGCGGCUCUGUCCUGGAGAACAAACUCCCAGGUGAACAACCAAGUGUUAUUUCAACUGCUAAGCUCAACAUGGCGGUAGAAAGGGCUGACCCAGACUCCCCGAACGGAUCUUCUAUCGGUGACGGAGCAUCAGGCUUCAAGAUGCCUCCUUUAGGAAAGCUGUUUGGCAAAGCAGGCUCAGACCUUGAUGGCCCUGUAGACAAAGAGAUGGCUGCUGUUAACGAGAACCCAUACACUUGGGACAAAGGAUCUUCGAGUAUCACCGGAAAGGUCGUCAGUCUUUCUUUUAAUAGCAAAGGUAAAAAGCUAAGUGUCUCCAACCUGGACGAAGAUGACCCAAUAGACGUUUUUAUUCCAAGAGAUUCUCCCGUCAGUCCUCCGGAAAAAUUUAUUUACAACUGUUCUGUGCACCGAGGAAGGCGUACACAUAAGCUGUUGGUUGACAAAAAUGGCACUGCCGUCAAUGUAGAGGUUCGUUUAGUCGGCUCAAGUCGGCAGUUUGUGGUUUAUGUCAGGCGCGGGAAAGCCCCGACAACUACAGAGUUCGACUGGAGAGCAGUUUCUCCCAACAUAACCGAAGAAGAACGAUUGAGUCCUAAUGUUACCGAUGAAAGUACAAACUCUACAGACCAAGAUCCUACCUCUUUCAGUACAUCAUUAAAUUCAACUUUAAAUGAGACAAACACUCUACAAAUAAAUCUCACUAAACUGGAACACGCCAGAGAUAAUCUUCACGACUCCAAUGUUACAUUAUUUCUAUCUCAAAAGAGACUUUACAUGGGUACAUAUUUCGUUAGCAUCUAUUUUUCGCCACCGUCUCCGUUGAAUGGACAACACGACCCAGCUGAAUGCAAAGGCAAUGAUUUAAGCAUUACUUACACGCUGAGAACGUUUAAAUCCAAAUGUUUAUAUUGGAACGAGGAAUUUCAAAAGUGGAAGAGCGAUGGCUGUGAGGUUGGUAACUUGACAAGUGUCACACGCACCCAUUGCCGUUGCACACAUUUGACAGCAUUUGGUUCAAUGAUGGACGUCGCCCCAAAUCCAAUUGAUUACAGCGCCGUAUUGGCUGGAUUCAGUUCAAUGUUCGAAACAGGGAACGUAGUAGUGUUUUUCUUUAUCAUCGUCAUGUUUCUCCUGUAUGCUCUUGCGUUGGUGUGGGCCAGGAGAGCCGACAAGAGGGACAUGGAACAGGUUGGGGCAACGCCUAUUCCCAGCAACGUAUAUAAUGCCACAUAUCAUUAUGAGCUUACGUUUUUCACUGGUCAGCGGGGUGGUGCAGGUACAACAGCCCAGGUGUCGUGUUUGUUGUAUGGCGAGGGUGGAGAUAGUGGAAUCUGCAUUCUGAAGGACGAAAAUCGUCCUACUUUCCAAAAAGGUAGCGCCAACUCAUUUGUAAUCUCUGUUGCAAAGUCUUUGGGUCCAAUAACGUUCUUGAGAGUGUGGCACGACAAUCACGGGUUAUCACCUGCCUGGUUUUUGAAACGGGUCCUGGUGCGAGACAUCCAAUCAGGAGCGAUAACGAUAUUGAUCUGUGAACGAUGGUUCGCGCUGGAUGAGGAUGACGGCGAGAUCACGCGCGACUUAACUCCCGCAGGGGAAAAAGAUCUCACUUCGUUUUCAAGACUUUUUAAUAGUAAACUAUACAAAGACUUCACGGAUGCUCAUUUGUGGUUCUCUGUCAUUCUGAAGCCAUCUAGGAGUAAGUUCACACGAUCUCAGCGCGCGUCGUGUUGUCUUUGCCUUCUGUGUACAGCUAUGGUGUCUAGUGCUAUGUUCUAUGGGCAAAAUGUAUCCGGGGAUAAUGGUGGCAGCCUAGUCCUGGGACCUAUUGAGGUGAACUUAGUAUCGAUUAUGAUUGGUAUACAGUGCAGCCUCGUUAUCGUUCCAGUUAAUGUUGCUAUAGUUACCAUUUUUAAGAGUGUGAAACCCAAAGGAACUGAAAAGACUGGUGAGGAAACGGAGGAACAGUCCUCAUCCUCAUCAGAUGAAACAAUUUGUGUCUCAGAAGUAGAAAUUUCCGACAUAGACGAAACAAAGACAGGAAUUGAAAAGGAAACUCCACCGAAUAAAGAAAUUCAUCUGAAUGGUAUUGAUUCCUCUGAAGAUGGUUAUGGCAGUGCUGAUAAUGAAGACCUCGUAGUAGUAAAUAAAGCAGAGAAAACUUCAAGCGGUAAAAUGGAUUUCUUUCGACACAGACGAGAUGGAGGGCACAAAUAUGUUGUCCAAACAAACAGCCUUGACUCACAAAGCUCUGACUUUCUCGACGAAACGUCCGAAAACUCAGUAAAUGAAAGAAAGGGCACAACAAAAUGGUGGUGUUGCAGAAAACGAACCAAAGACAUCGAAGACGGCGACAGUAAGGAAAAGAGUGAAGAACAGGAAGAGAAAAAGAAGAAAAAAUCCGAUGGCUUCCUUCCACAUUGGUGUUUAUAUAUAGCAUGGACUCUGUGCAUUAUGGCGUCUUUUACAUCAGCUUUGUAUACCUUAUUUUACAGCAUGAUGUGGGGACGGGAUAAAUCAAACCAGUGGUUUAUUUCAAUGAUCCUGACGUUCGCUCAAGACACUCUCAUUAACCAGCCAGCAAAGGUUUUGUUCUUGUCAAUGGUCUAUGCCAUCUUCAUAAGGAAGAGUGACGAGGAAACAGAUGCCGAACAAGGAGUUGAAGACCCGCGAAAAGGGCAAGAUGAAGAGUGGCUUCAUGGCGACACUUUGGACAACGAAGACAGAGAAAAGGAACUGCUACGAUACAAACCUCCUGACGAAAGCAAAUUAAACGCCUUGCGAGAAACCAGGGUUAGAGAAAAGCAAUUAAAAGACAAGUUUAUCAAGCUGGGAGAUUACACUUUCGUCGUUCUUGUCCUGGUAUUGCUCAGUUAUGGCAACAGGGACCCACAGUCGUUCAUGAUGAGAAACUCGAUGGAAAAGGAAUUUAUACAUCCUCUUACAGCAUCUUACCCCCAAGGAAUUACAGAUGUGAACAAUUUGCAGCUAUUUAUGACAUGGACAGAGCAAAGCUUAAUUCCUUAUUUGUACGAACAAGACUGGUAUAAUGGAGAAAAGGUAACGAACAGAACCGGAUACACUUCAGGAAGACAGUCCAGACGACUUGGACGGAUUCGAUUGCGUCAAGUUCGCGUCGAGAACGGUAGCUGUUCUGUGACAAAAGUGCUGAGAGAAGUUAUCCACGAGUGCAAUCCUCCUUUUGAUGAAAAGCAUGAAGAUACCCGGAUGUUCAGCCCCGAAUGGCGCGCUGGAUAUCAACCGGCAGAGGACACUCCGCUGUACAAAAGAAGUGCAUCGGGGCAACUUUCUCCAUGGGCUUACUUGGACCCCACGGAAUCAAAUUCUUCAUUCACAUUUUACGGUAGAAUCGCGUUUUACCCUGGUGGUGGUUACGUGGCGGAGUUUGGCGAUUCCUUGGAGGAAACAGCCGCCUUCGUGAAGUAUCUCAAGUCGACCCAUUGGAUUGACAAGUACACCAGAGCUGUCUUUAUCGAAGGAGCAAUAUACAACCCUAACACGAACCUCAUUGGAGUCAUAGAGACUGGUGUGGAAGUAACGUCUGGAAAUGCUUUUUUACCGCGAGUUGAUUUUAAAAUCUUCAGACUAUUUGCCCGGUUGGAUCCUUCGUACGCCUUUAACUCAGCUUGUGAGUUGUUGUUCUUCGUGAUUAUCCUUUACACUCUGUACACGAUUAUCAAAGGUAUUUAUCAGCGGAGGAAGGAGUACUUCUAUGAAACAGUAAGUCAGCUGGACAUUAUCCUCUUUGUGGAUGGUGUUGCUAUCGUAGUUGUGUAUGUUGUUCGAGAGAGCAAACUCAAAAGUGCCGUGGCUACCCUUAAAAGUGAUCAAGAAUGGUUCAUGGACUUCUCCCAGUGUGCCUCUUACAACGAGACACUUGUUAUCUUGUACGCGUUUGCAGACUUUGUCGCCAUAUUAAAGUUCAUCCAUUUCUUAAGCUUCACGCGCGUCGUUCAACUUUUAUCAACCACUAUCGCAAAAUCUGUAGUUGAGCUACAGUCCUUCGCCGUCAUGCUGUUUGCCAUAUACAUGGCGUACUCUUCAAUGGCAUUCACAGUCUUCGCGCCUUACGUGGAAGACUACAGGUCUUUCUCUGCAACCCUUGCCUCUUUGUCAUGUCUUGUGAUGGGAGUUUUUGAUCAUACUGAUUUUACUUCCCAGUCUGAUUACAAAACUGUGGGUUAUUUUUUCUUCACGACUUUUUCUGCCAGCAUGAUAUUUAUAUUUACAAACGUUGUUAUAACGAUCAUCAGCGUUGUGCACCAAGAUGUCUGCACCGACGAGGAGCUUAAGAAAAACCAAGAUUCUUUUUUUAACAUUAUUUUGGACAGAGUACUGAUUUUCACCGGGCUCAAAGGACCACCAGUCCGAGAGGAACCAGAAAUUGAAGAACCUUCUAUAUCCGAAAUACAAUGGAAUUCAAAUGUAAACUAUAUAGAGAAAAGUCAAUUGAAGCGGUUCAAAGGAUUGAUAAAAUCUAUUUAUGAUUACGAUGAAAUAGAGAACAUAUCACUGAUCAGGGCGUAUACGUGCACGUGGGAAAGAAAAACGAUACGUGAUUCUGGUUACCAAGGAGACACAUCAAGAUCAAAUGCUGCUGACCAAAGCAACAAUGACGAGCACGGGUGCACAAAUGAUACGAAAAGUCUAGAUCAAGGAGAGUCUGUUGCGAAAGAUGAGCAACAAUUGGAAAGUCCAUCAUCUCAAGAAAAAAAUAGUCCAGCCGAAACUUUGACUAAGUUGAUCGCCAAAAAAACUGAAGAACUGAGAAGACUGGAGGAGCAAGGAGUUUGUGAUGAAAAAGAGAGAUUACGUUGCGUUAGAGUGAUUGAGUGCUUUCAGGACUUGUUGAAGAAAUCCGUGGGAGACGAGGACUCUGCUAAAUUGUUUUUAAGCCAUGAAGAGGAAUUUGAAGUCUAAUUAGGAAAAAAAUACAGAGUAGAAAAUCCAAAACCCAG